AUGCAACAAUCAGCAAACUCCCAGAGUCCCCACAACCAACCAACAUUUUCACCUACCCUUCCCUUCAAUAAAACACUACUCGGGGACGAAAUCCUCCAAAACCUCUAUGUCCACCCUACACAAUACCACAACAAUACCCACCUCGCCAACCCAACGAUCCAACAAGCACCACAUUCCCUCCUGCAGUCUAUAUAUACCCAUCAGCGAGCGCUGUCAAUCUGUUGA